GGGUGAGUGAGGCAAACACAACCCAAACUGGGGGGUUUCUCUUCAAAGCCAGCUGGUCUGGCUUUAUUCUACAGGAAUUUUUUUACCUGCCAGUUUGAUCAACAAAGCCCUCAGCAGGUGCUGACGGGUACAACUUCCUGGAGAAGCAGAAGAAGGGCACUGGUGCCGUGCAAGAAUUGCAAACUGUGAAGUAACCGCUAUGGGAAAGAUUAAGUAAAGCAUUGGAGGCAGAUGAUUUUGACAAUAAAGAGGGUGUAUGUGCUCGGGAGGAGAGAGUCAUUCGUUUGGGAUCGUGAGAGAGAGAGAAAUAGAGACACGGAGAAGGAGAAGAAAAGGGAGGAAGAGGGAGAGAAGCAGACAAGGACACCUCGUCAGGCGUGUAGUUUGAAUCCCUUCCUUGCCUCCCCCUUCCCCUCCGCGAUGUUACAAAGGCUGUGAGCUGCUCGGCUUUUCCCAUUCGCCUGCUGUCACUUCCUUCCUGGACGCUCUCAGGACGAGUCCGGUUACUUUUAAUCCGACCAGCAGCUCAGCCACUUUCUCCUCCUCCACGCUGCACACACGCAGACACGCGCACACACACACACACACCAGACGUCUUCUGGCUGCUUAUUGGAUUGACUUUGAAGGUUGUGUGUGUGAUUCAAGGAGGCUGCAUGUUGAACCGGGUGGUGAAUAUUUAAGGCUGGAAGAAGUAAAGGGAUUUUUCUUUUUCCUGUGAAAGGAAAAUAUCUCAAGGACUAGUCUGAUCAUCCAAACAGCUAAAUGUUUAUAAUGUAAACCAGCUUAAGCAGGGUGGGUGGCCUGUGGUCCUAGAGGCCUGCACUUGAAAUCCUUCUAACCUGUCCAAAUCCUUCUAAUCACCGUAACCUACGCUGGUUACGAUGCCAGUUGUCAUGUUCAUCAUAUUUCUUCACUGAUGAAGGGAAAUGAGUGAUGCACAGGCUUAUCUGAAGUAGGAGAAGAAUGUAUUUUUUCAUCUUGGAAGGUGCUGUACUGAAGGACUGUCAAAAAACAGACUGUACACACCUGAGUUGAGACCACAAUUUCUUUGUGGCCUUGUCAUUGGCUAUUUCUGCAGAACCAAUCAGCAGUGACAUUUCCAGAAGCAAGCUCAAGUGGAUUUGCAACAGGCUCUAUUUAUCCCUGCAAGAUGUUUCAGCAGGAGUUACAGACUUACUGACGCAUGGCGCUCAUCUGAAGAAACUGCUGUGGGAACUGGAACAAAUUAUCUGGGAAUCUAGCAUCAGCGGGAUCAACAGACAACAAAAUAAAUAUAAAAAUAAAGAUUUUGGCCUAAGAAACAGCCCCUAAACCACACUAAACUUAAAACACAGCAAGAGAUUUGCUUCCAUCUACUGGAGCCAAGAAAAAAAAUGACGACUGAGCAGCAAGCUCCUCUAACAUGGGCUAUAAAUCAGAUUGUUCUUGUCUCAGGCUGCUGGUGGUGAAAAGUAAAUCCAUGAGUUCGUAUGGGAAGUGCUGGAUGAUUAAAAUGGCUUUAAAGUAUCCCGUUAAGUUUUCAGUAACUUAGAAAUUUUAACAGACAAAAUUGUAGUUGCUACCAAGGUUCCUAUUUAUACAUGAAUAUUGGCAGUGCGUUCUGUGGUCAUUUCAUGCAAAACUCUAGAACAGAGCCUUCAAUUCUGACUACUGAUCUCUAGGUAGUGAACAGGUCUGCCACUUGUGUAUUAAAAGGGCUGUACAGAACUCUCUCUCUCCUUCCUUCCUUCCUUCCUUCCUUCCUUCCUUCCUUCCUUCCUUCCUUCCUUCCUUCCUUCCUUCCUUCCUUCCUUCCUUCCUUCCUUCCUUCCUUCCUUCCUUCCUUCCUUCCUUCCUUCCUUCCUUCCUUCCUUCCUUUCUUCCUUUCUUCCUUUCUCCCUCUCUUUCUCUAUUUCUCUCUUUUUCUUUCUUUCUUUCUUUCUUUCUUUCUUUCUUUCUUUCUUUCUUUCUUUCUUUCUUUCUUUCUUUCUUUCUUUCUUUCUCUUUCUUUCUUUCUUUCUCUCUCUCUCUCUCUCUCUUUCUUUCUUUCUUUCUUUCUUUCUUUCUUUCUUUCCUUCUUUUUCUUUCUCUCUUUCUCUCUUUCUCUCUUCCUUUCUUCCUUCUUUCUUUUUUUUUGUUUAAUUGUGAAACAUACUGUGAAAGUUUUCUGCUUCAUUGUUAUUGUACAGUAUUGCUGUAGCCUACUGAGUGUUCCACAUCAUAGCAACUCCUCUCCACAGCAACCCAGUGAACAUGCCUAAGAGGCUGAGAACUUUCAGAAUACUUUUCCUUUACUUAAACAUAGUCAGCAGCUUUGAAAGUAGAGAGGUCUUGGAAAUUAACUACAACACUCUCAUUCUAUUCAUCCAAAGUCUUAGUGUUAACGUUAACGUUGGGUGGCUUCCCCUUAAUAUUCUGCAGCAAAACCCAGCAAAGACAAGGAUGAAUAUUUUACAAGUAUUUCGUCAUAAAGAAUUUUUAAAUCUCAAUUAAAAAAAAAAAAAAAACAUAUUUGAGAUGCCAUACCUAGCAGUAUCAUAUUAGCUAAACAGUGUUAACUGUUUUGAUUGGAACAAAUGUUGAUUAAUAGCACUGGACUCAUAGCUACUUUUCAUUUAUACUUGAUCCACUUCUAGAAUUACCUGAUUUUACCUGUGAAGAGAGGAAAUUUAGAUUUACAGAAUUGGAAAUCACUAACACAAUUUUUCUUCAUUAUGCAAAACUCAUUUUUUACUAUGCUGUUGUUACUGUUGGCAGCAGUCUUGUAAAGCAGUUUUAUCAUCAGGAACAAAUACUAACUUUGAAGCUGAUUUCUCCAUAACUUUGUAGUCUUAUUCUAAAAACAAAAAUAUGAGAAAAAAAAAUGUAGCUUUGUCUAAUUCUUGUUAUUGUAUCAUUUUUGAACAACUAUUGCAUUUCUACCUUGAAUUUUAUUAUUUCCAUCCUUGGUCCAUAGUGUCAAUAGUGUAUUUUCUUAAGUAGAAGAUGUAAGAAUGUAACUGAUAUUAAAAUGGAUUUUGUCCACUCUUUUUGUCUAUUCAUUGCAAAAUGGAAAUUAAUUUCUUUAGCUUAAGGCUGCAUAGUUUACUGUCAUUAGUUGGGGAUAAUCAAAGACAUAGGAAGUUUCAAUAGCAGAAAAGCCUGGGGAUUUUCAGCUAUUUCUGAGAUCUUAAUCAAAACUUUUACUGAUUGCUUGGGAAUCGAUGAGCACACUCUUGAGGAAAAAAAAAAGGCAGCAUAACCUUAACAUUAUUCACAGUGUUUUGUUAAAACAGUACAGUGAUUCAUAAUUAAUAUUUUUUAUCUUAAUGUAAUGUAGUGAAGAACAUUAAACAAUAUUUGGAUAUUUUGCACCUUGUAAGUAAAUCAGAAAUGUGAAGUGCUUCUUGUCUUAGUCUUUGGUUUAAUGAAAAUAGCUUUCCUUAUAGGAAUUUUAAGUGGAGAAAAGUCUAUUAAAAACCAUCACAUUCCACUUACAGAAGAUUCAGUCUCCUUUAUAUUAUUCUCUGUUAGCACUUAUUAAAGUUUAUUCUUCCUUUUAUCCAACAAGAAAACACUUUUGAUUUGACUCAGUAGGAGUUAAAACAAUGUUAAAACUAUAUUGACUGAUGUCCAGUCAUACCACUGGACAUCAAAACUUUGUUUUUCUUGGGUUUCUUUCAAACAGAACAGAGGAAGCACUUCCUUUUACAACAUGCUGUCAAGAGAGGAACACACACACACUCAGACAUACACACACGUACAAAUGCAGAGCUAUUCAAAUAAUUUCAAAGUUCCCUGACUACCACUCAGUAACCCAAAUGAUAGCAGGAAAAAUAGAUAAUGUUUGUAAAAAAAAAAAAAAAAAAAAAAAAAAGAUGAUUAAUUAUGCAGACAUUCAGAUAUUAAAAUAUUGCUCUGCAAAAUACAAGGAAUAAAGAUUAUUGUGCAGAAUAGACAGCAGUCAGCAUCACAGUCAGGGUUCUGUGUAAGUGAAGGAACAGGCUUGGCUUUCCAUGCAUUUAUAUGUGAAAACUAUUUUUUAAUCAAUGUAUUUAUUUAAAGGAUGGUUGCAGGCUACAUUCAAAUCUCAUUCACCAAUAUAAAUCUGAAAUAAUGGAACUGGCUGCAGUGCAGACUAACUUGUGGCUGUGCACUUGAGUAGCUAGGACCAUAGUGCUGGCCCUGGGGCUAUCCUACACAGUUUUACAGUACUGUAUUUUUUGUAGCAAUAAGGACAUGCUGUGUUUUCAGAGGAAUGUCUUGAAAACAAAGUGCAUCAAUGAAGGCCACCUCACUCACAAUGAAGUUCUGUCUUCUAAAAUAGCACUAAAACAAAAUAACUGUUGUGUUUUGGCAAGGGUCUUAACUAUUUACAGCGCAACAGUCAGAACAGAAAAUAGUGCUUUAGUAUCCACAUCCCCCCAAGUUGUAACUCCAAACCUGGAAGAAAUACUAUAUUUAGGUUUGUGGGUUUUUUUUCUUUUUUUUUUGUAGUUUUGUUUUUUUUUUUUUCUUUUGAUAUGGUAUCCAUUAUCAGUGUAAAUAGAAAUUCAGAAACCCCAACUGAUAUUUCCUUUUAAAAUGCAAAAUUUUCAUUUGUGACAGCUGCAUUGGAUCUUUAAUCAUAUAUUAUAUUUAUGGGAGCUUUUUUCUAGCAUAUGUUAAUUGGCUGUUUUCUGUGACAAAUUAUGAGCUCUUACUUUGAUGAGGUUCAAUUGCAAUCAUGUUGGAGUUGAGUAUGUAGAGUUUCCAGCCCCCGCUGGCUCUUUAAACCACUACAAACAUCUGCACGUCACUGGAGUGCUGAGUAAUGGCAGGAUUUGGGUUGAUCUGAUUUAUGUACAGAUUUUUUUCCACUCAGAUUUUUUUUUUUUUUCAGUUCUUUGCACUAAAUCUGUUUCAGGGUUUGCUGUUUUUAGCAAAAGAAUGAUCUAAAAUUAACAACUUAUCUGAGAUUAUUAGAAUACAGUGAGUUACAUUUUGUGACACAGUAUAGUCAAAUCUUUUUUUAACAUUCUGAAAUCUCAAUGAGCUAUAUCAGAAAUCCUGUGUCAACUGUUAUCGCUUGUUGCAGUUCAGAUUUACUGGGGCCACAUAGCAUUUGUGGGAAUAAACCUACUGGCUGCCUUUCAGAGUCAAUAUUUUUUAAAUUUCAUAAAGGUAACAUUAGCAGUUAUUUAGAAAGAAAUAUAUUUUACUUUUUGAAGAGUGGUUCAAUGGUUUUUAAAAUUUGUACAGAGAAGAGCAUGUUUGUAAGCUGGCCAAUAAAUAUUUCUACCUGUAAAGCUGCAUAUUUUCCUGCUAGUAAAGGAAACACUGUCUUGAAAUUUAGUCUGUCUUAUUUGUGUUCAAGGCAUAUCGUGAUUGCAUUUGUUCAGCAUGUAAAUUAAGGAAAUAUAGAAAACUUUGGAAGAAGUAUUGCUUUGAGAUCUUUUUUUUUCUUUGCUUUUUACUUAUCCCUUGGUGAUGGCUGUUCCAAAGAUCUUUUUUAUAAGGCAAUUCAUGGAAAUACUGAGGUAGAAAAUGUGUGUUGUGUUUUAAUAAGUUAUUACUCAAGGCUGUACUUAGAGUGAAUGUGCAGAAAUACAAGAUGUUACAUAUUCUAAAUCAGAGAAAGCAGCCUGGUCAUAAAAUGGAUGAAGCAUCAUCUUUUCAAAAACUGUGUCAAACAAUAUCAAUUACAUUGCAAUUAAUUUAGCAGAACAUCAUACAGCUCAGCUUUGACCUAAACCAAAUGACAGUAGAUAAAUCUGUCCCAUUUGUUCUUCAGAGAAAAGAUAGGGGUUAAAUUUCCAGGCAGGUGUUAGAGUUUAGAAUAAGAAGAGCCAGAUGUGUAUGGAAGCUUCUUUGGUCUCAGGAGGCUGGUUUUAAUUCAGCUAUUUCCCUGGAGUACCAUACAAUCAAUGAGUUCCAAAUCCUGGGGCUACCUGCCUUUAUGUAAAAUCAUGGGAACGGUUUUUCACAGCGUACUACUGAACAAGCGUGAAAAAAUUAGAGCAGAAAUUAAAGGUAAAAAAAGGUUAACCUCAGAAGCUACACGUCGCAUUUCUUCAAGGCUUCUGAAAUGAGAUGAUCAUCACAUGGAAACCCUUUCAGUAGAGCCUUAUAACUGUAAGGAGAAGCAAUGUAAAACUCAUACCAAGGAUAUUUUAUAUGUUUCUCUAAUCACUGCUCAUUGUAGGCAGUGUUUUAGAAGUAAGCAUAUGUAGGUCAUGUGCAGCACAGUAAAAGAAAUUAAAGCAGUUCUCUUCCCUUAGAAGCUAGGUGAAUUGAAUCAGGGGCAGGUUUCAAAAAAGAUUAGUUUGAGCAUGUUGUCCUUACUUCAAUAUAUCUGUAAAAAUAAAUUGACGCAUUGUAUGUGGAAUUAGUCUACAGAAUGGCAUUCAGUUUCACUUGAUAAGAUGAGCUUAAUUGGCUUUCAGAAAAUAAAGGGAAGUAAAGAAAGAUGUACAAGUGAAAGAGAGGGCUUGGCACUUUAUUGGAUUUUGAGGCCUGUGAGCCAUGUGUCUUAAUUGGGGCCAGUUGGGAUCAUUUAAUAAUUGCUGUCAGAAGAUCAAAUUUAAUUCUCUUUAUAAAAAGACCACAGUGGGAUAGAGUUAAACAAAUUGUCAUCUGAGGUUUCAAAUGAACUAAGCUUUAAUUAGGUUGAUUAGGAUGCUGUAAGAGAAAGAGGGUAAGAAACGGGAAAUUGAUGAAUCUGCUGUGUACCAUGUUGUACUUUCUGACAGUACUGUCAAAUAUCUUUAUUUCAAGAAGAUAUGCAUUAACAAUAAGAGCUGUAGUGUUAGAAAAAUGUAUGUGUAAGUGUUUUAGAUAUAUAGGAUAAUAGAACAUUGUGAAAUUACUGCUUUUAAAUGGAGAUAAUAAUAUUUUUAUGGUCAUAGUCUUUCCCUUUACUUUCAUAAUUUUAAAGUCUACCAAACUUUCUCUUUGUCUGGUUUAUUUACUCACUGACUAUGCCAGAAAAGAACUAUAGCAUAUUUUACUGAAAGAACUCAGAAUUUCACUGUCGUUUAAUAAAUUUUCACCUCACUUCUCAGAACCUUUGCUUGCAAAAAUCCUCAGUUUUCUUAUCCCUGAGUUUCCAAAAGAAAAACUGAGUCCCAAGUGGAGGUGGAGUGACAGGAAGUAUUUUUGGUGGAAAAAAGGAGCAUAUCUCAGUUGUGUUUGCUUCCCAACUUUAGAUUCAAUUCUUUAUGCUUUGCUGCAUGAUAAUUUUUCUGUAGCUUUCUAAGUGCCAUUUCUGAGAAAGCAUAAUGUACAUUCAAGGCCACAAGAAGAUUUAGCUAAUGUAUCUUUGUAUUGAUCAUGUUUUGGUUUGGUUUUUUUCAGCAUGCUUAUAGGACAGUAAUAAUACAAGCAAUGUUGACAAUGAUCUGUUCAGAAAAAAAUGUUCACUCAAGCAAGAGGAAACUGUCAUGCAAAUUGCCCUAUAUUUUCCUCAGUAAAUUAAGCACAUUUUACGUAUGUCAAUCCAAAUGUAACGCCUUCUAUUUAUUUCCAUGGAAACUGCAGAAGCUACAAAUAGCACAAUAACACUAUUUGAUAGAGCACAUCCUUAGCUACAAAACACUCUUUUUCAGCACAGUCACCACCAUGAGCUGUGCAUUUCACCAACUAUGAACAAGAGCCUGCAUGCCCUGCUUGUAACAAUCUCGACUAGUGGAGGUGACACACUGUUUCACAGUGUUUCACCAGCCACCACCGCAGGAUGUUCAUAUCCACUGUUUGAUUUCCAUAAAUAUCGACGUUUAUGCAAGCAUCGAUGAAUGUCAGUGGGUGCCAUUUUUUCCACAUGGAGGACUUCACUGAUGCACCUUUUCUUCAUACGCAUUUCCAUGUCAGAUGCCAUUCUGUCAGACUGCCCCUCUGCUGCCAUCUGUCAGAUAGCAACAACGUGUAACGGAAUAUUGGUGCAAAGGUUCAGUGCCUACUGCUAUAGCACCAACAGCCGCCUCUGAUGUUGUGGGACAAGAUCAUAAAAUAGGAGGUAUUACUUUUGAAGCAGCCCUUGUAAAUAUGUCUCUUUACUACUAAUAGUUGUCAGGGAUGUAAUUUUUUUGUAUUAACUGCUGCCAGAUAUUAUGUAGUUUUUGCUUCUACUUACAUUGUCUGUAUUUAGUUUAUUGAAAAGCAGCAACCUGUCCUAAGUUAUGAUCUUUGUCACUAGAAAAAAGAUGUAUAUUUCACAGAGGCACUUCCUCACCCCUACUCAGUGAAAUACAGGUGCAUUCAUUUUUUAUUUUUUUUUUCAUUAGCCUUAUUAUGCAUCUGACAUACAUUUUGUCUCCUUUUGUCCUUGGGAGAAAAAAUGUCUGAGUGGGAUUGGAAGCACUAAUGUAACCUUUUCAGCUGUCAUAGUCACGGGGAAUAUUGAUAUACAUUGAUAUAUUUUCCCUGCCUUGACUUCUUUUUUGUUCUUUUGUUGUUGUUGUUGUUGUUUUUAUUUUUUUUCCCCUUCAUUUCUAGCCCACAACUUUCUCUGGGCAAGUGUUUGAGUUUGAGGAGCAUCAAAGUUUUUAUACUCAUCUUUAUCAUAUUAACUUUUACACAGAAUCACAGAAUGAAUGAACAGUUAGUGGCUCAGCAGUUUUCCACCAUGUUGUUCUAUUUCACAUUUUAGAAGAACAGUAUUUAAUUCUUCACAGUUCUGGGAAGGUACGGAAUUAAUGGGAAAAGAGUGUGGUUCUAGAAAUGAGUAUACAGAAGAGUGAAGUAGAACAUCUUUGUAUGUAAUCAUUCCUGUCUUAAGAAGUGGAUUGCCAGGUGAAGCACCCUAGGUUUCCUUAGAAAGCUAAGAGAGGUACUUACUUGUGCAAAUUAUGUAUUUGUUCCUAUUUUGAAAGAAAUUUCUGUGGUAAUAUAGUUCUGUAAUCAAUAGUUUAACAACAUAAAUGAGAGUUGUUUUAUCUACAGAGAGAUUAUAGAUGGAAGUACAGAUGAGCUUUUGGGUACCAUGAGUAUUCAAAGAAGGCUUUGUAUGGCCAAGACUAUUGUCUUUUUCUGCAAUUAACUUAACCAAUACUACUCUGCUUACAAAGCUUGUCAAACCUUCAGUGCCAACCUUGUAUCUCUCCUCAUGUUUACAUUAAUAUAAAGGAGUAGCUCCACAGAAAACUACGGAAUUAUCUGGAUUUAAAAUUAUCUGUGCUUAAGAAGAUGUCCAUUGUGGCAUGUCAGUGAUUGCUAUGGAUAACUGGUUACAUCUUCUAAAAUAGUGUACGUUUGGGGGGAAGAAAAAAAAAGUAAAUAAAUAAAUAAAUGUUUAACUUACUAAGUUAAGGCAAUCCAUCCAGAACAAAAAUGUCAGACUUGAAUAUGCUAACAGAGAACUAGCAGUAAUCUACAAGAUUGAUCACAAUUUGAGAGUUGUCUGCAGCUCUCAGACACCUACUUGAAGUCUUUCAUAUUUGACUGCUCCAGUUCCCCGGCAGGAAAGUGAACUGUGUGCAGCUAGCAGCCAUGUUAGGGGACAUCCUUAAGAGAUACAGCCCAUUUUUGGCUUCCAUAGCUAGCCAAAUUCAGAGAGUUACCAGUUGCUUCUAUUCGGACAGAGAAACCUGCAGGGAGCUAAAACAUUUCCUUGAUACUGUUUGCAAGCGUUUCUUACAGCUCUGAUUUUUUUAGCAUGUCUUUAGAAUUAAUAUGCAGUAUCAAGUACUCAAGCUCACAGUAUGAGCUUUUCUUUCCAGCACUGACACCUCCAGAAUUGUUUUCUGCCUUACUUAAUGGCUCUACUCCUUGUAUUUUCUAUAACUUAGCAUUCCCUCAAUAUCUCUCAAUUUUAAGCUUCUCUUUCAUGAUCACAAAUAAAAUAGCCAUAAAAAAUAUUACCUAAGAAAGUUUUUUUGCUGUUUUUUAUUGAGGUAUAAGGGUGCAUAAGAUCAGAGUGGUUAUGUCACCAGUAGUAAACCUUCUUGCUCUGUCUGUCUUUGAAGAAUUACUCAAACUCGUAAAAUGACAACACUAUGAGCAACACUUCCCAGUCAAAUAAAUAAAUAAAUAAAAGUUAUACACAACCAUGGUACUUCUAUACAGUUUUAGCAACAAGAUAUUUUUCAUCACUAACCCAUACCCAUUUUUCUUGUAUCCAAACUUCACCUUGACAAUUUCUACCACUUGCCCAAGUCACGUUUUAGUGGGUUCCUUUUGUCAACUCUUCCACAGUGUCUAUAUAGUAUCUGUUGUUUGGCACAGGUCCACAUCUUCUUCUAAUGAAAAAACUUAUUCAUAUCUCAGUUUUUCUGCUUUUAAUUUCUGCAUUUACAUCCAUAAUUUUAACGUACUUUCAUUCUCUUUUGUCGCUAUUCUACCUCUUUGAAAGACCCUUCCUGAUUUUCAGCGUAGCCCUUGAAACAAAUACUUAGUUGUUUGACUUAAUAAUUUAAAGAGAUUUUUGAUUCUUAUUACACUUCAUCCUGUUUAAUCAUGCCACAGAAUUCCUGUUUUUAAAGCUUCUAAAAGCUUUCUGUUUUCUCUAAAAUGUUUCUGAAAAUAUUCGUUUGAGAAAUUGUAAGAUAGCCUUUCUGUAAUCCAAAUCUUUGUUCCUCCUCACAGAGAUGAAGUUGUCAUGUGGUACAAAUAUAGAAUAGCAGAACUCUGCUUUUUUUUUACAAAUAAAUUGGAUUAAUGUGGUCUGUGUAGAGCUGAGUAAGUCCUCUUGUUUUCCCAGAACUACAGUUGUCUUCUCCAUGUAUUCUGUCUGUUUCUUCUAGACUGAUCAUUGAUCAGUUUGAUCAGUUCAGUCAGCUGUAUCCAGUUCUCUUGUCAAACUGAAUUUACCAAGUUUGCAUGAAAUUCUGCAGUUCAGGAAAUUAUUAAGUACUCAAACAUGUUUUCUAACAAUGAAGAACCAUUCUGGAAAUCAAUCAUUACUUUCUUCAGUGGAUGGAUAUCUAAAAUUUUUUGCCAUCUGUAUCAACAUUACCAAGCACUUGUACCAAGGUCCAGACUGUGACUUGAAAUUGCAGUACAUGCUUUUUCCAGUAAUGCCUGGAAGUUUCCCUUGAUUCUUAAAAGCCAUUGUAGGGUAUAAUAUUUCUUACCACAGACUUCCUCACAUACAAACACUAGUAAAAAAUCUGUAAAUCAUAGCAUAACCGCAGCUAGAGGCUGCUUACAGGUGAGACAACAACUUAGUUCUAGAGAUCUUAGACUUUUCUUGUAAUAAGCCAAAACUCUCCAAAACACCCUGUGUUGUGUGACAGCACACAAACUGUAAGAACGAAUAUUUAACUUGGUAUAAAAGAGUUCUUUAAAUAUAUGUAGACCAAGACCAGAGUAGUUCCAAGAGAGCUUUUCAACACAAAAUGUACUAAAUCUUAAUCUGGUGACCACUCAACCUGACAACCACUUAAGUGCUUCCCUUAUUCCUCCAACUUGUUGUAUAGCAGGCUGAAUUUGUUAAACUGCUUUCCUGAUAUUUAUUACACACCUAUUAGCUAUAAAGCCAUCUAAUCAAGUUAUUAACUCAAAACUAUUCAGACUCCUAGAUGAAAUUCCAUCAGUCCAGUUUCCCUACUCUAUUUUCAGACAGGUUUACUUUCCUAGUCACUGUCUCCAUUUGAGACCAAUUAAGUGAUUCAGCUUUCAAUCCUUUAUUCACUUGUACUAUUAGCUUGUUUGAUUCAAUAAACUUGCACCAGUCUCUCAAGCACUUUAAGGAUUCUAUUCCAUAUUUAUCAGUCAGAUUCCCAUUAUGUCUGUUUAGCUGCCAGAGGUAUAUCAUGAGGCUAAUUGUGAAUCUGUAAACUUUUCCUUCAAACUACUUUCUUUCCUUUUUUUGAGCUCUGUGGCGAGCAGGCACUGAAAUAUCACCUGCAAGUCACUGUAGAUUUAAAAUCAUUUUUUCCUGGGUGUGUUUUUCAGAAUUUUAGCAUUUCACUUAGUUUCUUUCCUUAAAACAUAUCUUUUUGUCUACAUUCUUUGUUCUACAAAUCAAAAGUUCUUCUUCAUCUAUCUUAAAAAAAAAAUGCUGUAAAGUAGUCAAAUCUUUCUUUCCUCUUCAAGCACAGUAGGCAUAUCUCGCUUCUUACUGGGCUGUGAGCAAUCAGUUUUCAUCUAGAUUACUCGUGUUUGCUUCCUCUUUUGAUGCACCACUGCAAGGAAUGACUCAUCAUCUGUGGCAAAUCUCACAAUCCCUUAGAAGGCCUUUGGCCUCUUUUCAUGGAUCUCUACCUGCAUGGUUGGUAUUACAUGGAUGUGCUGUUCAGAAAACCCUCCUCCAUCAUGCCUGAUGGACAACUCUCAGCACAUCAUCUGGAAGCAGGAACGGAUGCAGGGGACUGUGAACUGAAUAGUGCAAGUGCUGAAGAAGGAGGCUUGUUUUGAGGAAACAGGAAAGAGGAAGAAAAGAGAAGGGAAAAAUACAUAAUUUUAAGGAAGAAGGAGAGAAAAAAAAACGGGGACUAUGGGGAGAAAAAAGAUUCAGAUUACAAGGAUUAUGGAUGAGCGUAACAGACAGGUGACAUUUACGAAGAGGAAAUUUGGGUUAAUGAAGAAGGCUUAUGAGCUGAGUGUUCUGUGUGACUGCGAGAUUGCUCUAAUAAUCUUCAACAGCACCAACAAACUGUUCCAGUAUGCCAGCACGGAUAUGGACAAAGUGUUGCUGAAGUAUACUGAGUAUAAUGAGCCGCAUGAGAGUCGAACGAAUUCAGAUAUUGUUGAGACGUUGAGAAAGAAAGGACUUAAUGGCUGUGACAGUCCAGACCCCGAUGCAGACGAUUCAGCAUUGAACAAGAAAGAAAACAAAGGUUGUGAAAGCCCCGAUCCUGACUCCUCUUACGCUCUCACCCCACGCACUGAAGAAAAAUACAAAAAAAUUAAUGAAGAAUUUGAUAAUAUGAUCAAGAGCCAUAAAAUACCUGCUGUUCCACCACCAAACUUUGAGAUGCCAGUUUCUAUCCCAGUGUCCAACCACAGCAGUCUGGUAUACAGUAAUCCAGUCAGCUCACUGGGAAACCCUAAUCUUUUGCCACUGGCCCAUCCUUCUUUGCAAAGAAAUAGCAUGUCUCCUGGCGUGACACAUCGGCCUCCAAGUGCAGGUAACACAGGUGGCCUGAUGGGUGGGGACCUCACUACCGGUGCAGGCACCAGUGCAGGAAAUGGUUAUGGCAACCCCCGCAACUCACCAGGUCUGCUGGUCUCACCUGGCAACUUGAACAAGAAUAUGCAAGCAAAAUCUCCGCCUCCAAUGAAUUUGGGAAUGAACAACCGUAAACCAGAUCUCCGUGUGCUUAUUCCACCUGGCAGCAAGAAUACAAUGCCAUCAGUGUCUGAGGAUGUUGAUCUGCUCCUGAAUCAGAGGAUAAAUAACUCCCAGUCUGCUCAGUCAUUGGCUACUCCAGUGGUUUCCGUAGCAACUCCUACUCUACCAGGGCAAGGGAUGGGAGGAUACCCAUCAGCCAUCUCAACAACAUAUGGUACUGAAUAUUCUCUGAGUAGUGCAGAUAUAUCAUCUCUCUCUGGAUUUAAUACAGCCAGUGCUCUUCAUCUUGGUUCUGUGACUGGCUGGCAACAGCAACACCUACAUAAUAUGCCGCCGUCUGCCCUCAGUCAACUGGGAGCUUGCACUAGCACUCAUUUAUCUCAGAGUACAAAUCUCUCCCUGCCUUCUACUCAAAGCCUCAACAUCAAGUCAGAACCUGUUUCUCCUCCUAGAGACCGUACCACCACCCCCUCGAGAUACCCACAGCACACGCGCCAUGAGGCGGGGAGAUCUCCCGUCGACAGCUUGAGCAGCUGCAGCAGUUCCUACGAUGGGAGCGACCGAGAAGAUCACCGGAAUGAAUUCCACUCCCCCAUUGGACUCACCAGACCUUCGCCGGACGAAAGGGAAAGCCCCUCUGUCAAGCGCAUGCGGCUGUCUGAAGGAUGGGCGACAUGAUAGCAUUAUUACCUAUUAGUUUCUUUUUUUUUUUUCUUGCAGUGUGUGUGUGCUAUACCUUAAUGGGGUGGGGGGUGGGGGGCGGGGUCGAUAUGCAUUAUAUGUGCCGUGUGUGGAAAAAAAAGUCAGGUACUCUGUUUUGUAAAAGUACUUUUAAAUUGCCUCAGUGAUACAGUAUAAGGAUAAACAGAAAUGCUGAGAUAAGCUUAGCACUUGAGUUGUACAACAGAACACUUGUACAAAAUAGAUUUUAAGGCUAACUUCUUUUCACUGUUGUGCUCCCUUGCAAAAUGUAUGUUACAAUAGAUAGUGUCAUGUUGCAGGUUCAACGUUAUUUACAUGUAAAUAGGCAAAAGGAAAACGUCCGCCAGAAAUGGCAGACCUUUACUGAGAGAGAAAGCAGCUGUUAUGCAACAUAUAGAAAAUGUACAGAUGUUUUGACAGACCCAGUGGUUGGGUGGCCGUGAAUCCAUGCUAGAAAGAGACUGGGUCACCUAACUCACUGAAAACGCUCAAAACCACGCGGGCGUAUCUUUGGAGUAUGGCACUCAGUUAAGAAGGAUCAAAGCAUUUGAAGAGGACCAUACUUGUAAAACAAAAUCGAGUUUGAGGGCUAACAUAUUUAAUUUUAAAAAUUCUGGGUCUGCAUCACUUAUUAAAUAAAAAAAAAUUAUAAAAAUAUGUACAUUACAUUUUGCUUAUUUUCAUAUUAAAAAGUAAGACAGAGUUUGCAAAGCAUUUGUGGCUUUUGUAGUUUCCUUAAGCCAAAAUGUGUUCUUUUUUCCUUGAUAGCUUCGCUAAUCUUUUAAACAGUCCUGAUGAAAACAGAGGACUUUUUGUAUAGAAAGCACUACCCUAAGCCAUGAAGAACUCCAUGCUUUGCUAACCAAGAUAACUGUUUUCUCUUUGCAGAAGUUUUGUUUUUGAAAUGUGUAUUUCUAAUUAUAUAAAAUAUUAAGAAUCUUUUAAAAAAAAAAUCUGUGAAAUUAACAUGCUUGUGUAUAGCUUUCUAAUAUAUAUAAUAAUUAUGGUAAUAGCAAAAGUUUUUGUUAUCUUAAUAGUGGGGAAUUAUAUUUGUGCAGUUGCACAUUUAACUAUUUUCUUUUGGUUUUAUUUUACUGGGCAUACAUUUUACAGAUCAAAAUCAUGUCUUGGAAGACUGAUCUGUAAAAAGUUUGAAUUUACCCAUGGUGUAACAACUGAAACCAUUUUAAUACAACAUUUUACAAUCAGUUGAGUGAACUGCGAUUCAUUGUAUAUACUGAUUAGUUCUUUUCAUGCUGUUUUGUGCAUUGUAACAAGUUAAGGGCCCUUCUAUAACCUACGUCCUGCGUAUCUUGUAGAUUUCCAUGGGUUAAAUGGCGAAGUGGCAUCGCUUGGCCCUUCCUCAUCAGCGAAGCUGGUAUUCUGCCUGUUAGAAUUGGAUGUGCAGCUCUAACAGCCAUCGGUUGCGUGAGUGCAGGUGAACAUUUCCAGAGGCAGCAGGGAGAGCAAGAAUUGGGGGAUUGACACAAUCCCACCUGUUGUGAAGUCCCCUCUCUCUCAGACAUAAAACCUGCAGAGAGAUCAUCACUUAAAGGACCAUUCAGAAGUCAGUCUAUCGAAUCCCACCAAUACAGGCCACCAGGCCGCUGUAGUUGUCACAGCCCUCACAGUCACGUCUCGCGGUAGGGAUGCUGUCGAACAAAGCUGCCUGUGUAUUUAAAACCCAAAGCGAUUCACUUCCGCAUAUGGCGCCCACCCUUUCUCCUGCCUCGUAUUGUUCCUUUGACUGAAAUUGCUUCACCAGAAGGGAUAUAUCAUUGUUUUAAUUUCUUGUCUGUCCCUCUUGCUUAUUAGAAGAAAAUGGUAUACUCAAAUGUUUCAGUUUAGCCUUCCCGCGGGAGGGAAACUUUGUUCAAGCAACAUGCUAGUGCCAUUGUAGGACUGUAGUACUUCUUUCCAAAAGCUGUUCCAGCUCUCACUCACAUACCUUGAGACUAUGAUGAAGGACAUAACUGCAACAGCGAAAUAUCGACACAGAAAACAUUUUGUUAAGGGAAAUCCACACCCUAUUUCCCUUCUACAUGUGCAGUUGCUGUGCACUGCUAAGCGGUAGAGGUUAUCUCCCUGUAGCAGCAAACAACUAACAGAUGACAGCGUGCGCUAGGACAUACGCUUUCCACUUAUUGUGACUUACAGAAGCCUGCCUCACAGGCACUCUCAGCCAUGCAGGGGCUAGCGCAUAAUCUGGGAACUAUCUAAGCAGAAUACUGUGCUAACAAGGCAUACAUCUUAUCUCGCGUGGAGGUCAGCAGGGUAAAGAAACAGAUACGCAUGUUAAAAAAAAAAAAUCAAAAAAAUUUUUUAAAAAAUAGAAAAUGGGGCCCGUAAUUAAUUUUAAAACACAAAACUGUUUUUCAAAACCACUUUCUUCACCUUCAGAUGAAUCUACAGUCAUAUUCUCUUACGAGAAUUUUAAACUUCGGUGUGUCAAAAAUAUGCAAGUAUAUCACAAAUGUAUACUUUGACAUUUCAACAAGGAGUACAACUUUAUCAGUAUUGUAGUAGAAACUUGUCAGUGGGGAAGGGGAUUUGGUCUAUUGAAAUAUGAAGAAUAGCCAUAUAAAUAGUUUACCUUGCGAUUUGCCUCAGCAACGCAUGAAGAAGAUAACAUAUUUAAGGAAGAUGCAGUGUAAUAUAUUACUGCAAGUAACUAAGCGGAAAGUAGCGUGAAACGUAUUGCCUGGGCAAUGUAUAUUAACUCUGACAGUGAUUUUUAUAUAAACAUGAAUAGAAUAGAAUCACAUGAAGAUCAAUGCCAGUCAUCCCUCUUGUUCCUGCUACUGAGGGCAACUAACAUGUACUGGCGAAAUUGUGGGGGAUAAUGCAUAUUUGCAAACUGAUCUAAUGAUAAGAAGCACAACUUUGAUUGUGAAGUCACUUUCUGUAAACUAUAACUGUCUACCUUUCUCUGUUCCUUUAUCUGUACCUUACCAUUUAUUGUAUUUGCAAAGCUUAUUUGGGUUUAUUGUGUGAUUCCUUUGUAUUUAAGGAGUUUGGGGCAGAGCCCUGAAAGAGUAUUAACAUUUACUUUACCUUAACCCAUGCUAUAUGAUGUUUUAGGCAACAUUCUUAAUUGCAAGUUCAAACACCUGAAGUGGCAUUCUAGACAUCUGCAAGUAUUGUUAUAGCUAAGUUAACCUCUAUUAAAAGGUGUUGUUGUUUAGUGUUUAAUUGCUGGUGACAAUUAUAUGAUAUACUCAAUCUGCACAGUCUGUAUAUUGUAUGCAUUGAGCCAUUCACAGUAAAGCUUUUAUCAUUUCAGUGUUUUUCAAAAGUUGUGUUUUAUAAUGAAAUGGCUUAUAUUUUUCCCAGAAGAGGAAUUUAGCAGUUUUUAAUGAAUAAUAUAAAAGUAUCUGUUGUCCUCAGAUCUCUUUUUCAGGUAAAGCUAACGUAAGAAUAGAAGAACUCAUAGACUGUUUUCAAGGAUGUCAACCCUUUUGUAUUGUAUGUGUUAUCCAAUAUACCCUCUUUUACCUAUAGUCCUAACAGAGCUGUUUUGUUUUCCUUUCUCCUUCGCCUUGAAGGUAAAUGCUUUGUAAUUUUUUAAAAGCCACUUGAAACCUCAAUAAAGGCUGUUGCCUAAGCAUGGCAUACUUCAUCUGUUCCUGUUUGUGCCAUCUGCUGUGAUGUCGUCAGUUAUAUGGCAUUAAUUUCCUGCCACUACAGGUCUCUUGAAGGACUGAUGGAACAUUGGUGUCUGUUAGAAUGCUUCAGACUGUAGAUGUAAUAAAAGGCUUUUGUUAAUAUAUUUUAACCAAAGAUGUGGAGCAAUCCAAGCUUUGAGCCACAGACCUUCUGCAUCAAAAGUAUCCAUUUGAUUAUUUUCAUAAUCAGGUGUUGCAUUUUUACCUUCCUCGCUCAUACCUCAGACUGAUCCAUACCUCAGUUUGAAUCAAAAACGUCAGUUUAGUAACUCACUAAAAAUUAAAAAAAAAAAUUUAAAAAAAUUAAAAAAAAAAAAAAAAUUACAGUACCUGAGUCUUUUGUGGAGUACCUAACGUCAGACCUGGGUCACUGCAGGCAUUACACUUGGAUUGCUUCAGAUGGUUUGUUGUAUCCUUUUUUUUUCUUUUUUUUUUUUUUUCUUCUCUUUCAUGGGGAUCUGCUUCCAUAAAACAAUGGUGAUAACAAAAGAGCUUGUAAAUGGGAGCAUACAAGCAUUUGCAACAAAUAUUAAAAUAGAGGCUCACAGCGGCAUAAGCUGGACUUUGUCGCCACUAGAUGACAAGAUGUUAUAACUAAGUUAAACCACAUCUGUGUAUCUCAAGGGACUUAAUUCAGCUGUCUGUAGUGAACAAAAAAUGGAAAAAUUUCAAAAGAUUCUCCUGCUGGAAAUAAGGUAUAAUUUGUAUUUUGCAGACAAAUCAGUAAAGUUACUGGCUUUCUUAGUGA